AUGCAAAAACGAAGAGCUGGAAGAAAGAAGUUCCACGAGACUCGUCAUCCAAUAUACAAAGGGGUGAGGCAGAGGAAUGGGAAGUGGGUGUGUGAGCUACGACAACCUCAGAACAAAACUCGAGUAUGGCUUGGAACUUUUGCUCACCCUGACAUGGCAGCUAUAGCAUACGAUGUUGCUGCUUUGGCUUUCAAAGGUGACAAUGCUUCUUUAAAUUUUCCAAACGAAGCUACCUCGUUGCCACGUCUUAAUUCACGAACGUGUUCCGUUAGAGCCAUUCAGUUUGCAGCAAUGCAAGCAGCUGAAAAGCACUUUUCAGCCAAUAAUGAGAUUGGUACGAAUAUUAAUGGUUCUGAGGUGGGUUUAGAGGGAAAUUCUGGAAGCUUCUUUUGGGAUGAAGAGGAGGUGUUUAACUUGCCAGGGUUGAUGAACAGCAUGGCUGAAGGGUUGAUUAUAACGCCACCGGCUUUGGAGAGAGGGUUCAAUUGGGUUGAAGGGGAAACUACCGUGGACUUGUCUCUCUGGGGUGAAUGA